AUGGCUACGAUUGCCGCCCAAAUUGCCGCCAGCUGUACAUAUGGCCACAACACGACCGCUGGUAGCGGUGAUUAUGGUCAGAACAUCGGCGCUGGAUACACCUCCUCGCAAGUGCCAGUUAUGAUCGGCGAUGACAUGUACAAUAAGGAGAUGCCCAACUACCCGCUCCCUUACGGCUUGGACGAUCCGGACACCAGUAACUUCGAUUCAUGGGGCCAUUUCUCGCAGAUUGUGUGGAAAGGCACUCAACAAGUUGGUUGUGCGACGCAGUUUUGCCCCAACGGCGUUGUAGGUGCCGAGUUCACACAGUACUUCACUGUUUGCAACUAUUAUCCUCCCGGCAAUAUCCAGGGAGCCUACAGCAAUGUCGGCGCGCCUCUAGACCAGCCCAUUACAGUGGAGCUGACUAAUUGA